UCAGAGAACGCCUCUGGGUUCUUUCCUUAGAGAGGCUCACCAUAGUGCGAUCGAAAAUGUAGUAACUUUUCCCCCCUUCCCUUUCGACCUUAUCGGGGCCGCUUAGGUCAAUAAAUAUGAGGUGUCUGAUCGGGCGAUUUUUUGAACACCUCCGAGCGGGGGCCUUGGAACGGGGAGCGGAGCCUGUUGGAGUCACCACGUGGGUGUUGGCAGCGAGGUCGAGAGGGGAGACGUUCCUGCCUCAGGAGUAAUGGGUGGCUUGGAGAAAAAGAAGUAUGAGCGGGGCUCUGCCACCAACUACAUCACCAGAAACAAAGCCCGGAAGAAAUUGCAGUUGAGCCUUGCAGAUUUCAGGCGAUUGUGCAUCCUGAAAGGGAUUUACCCCCAUGAGCCCAAACACAAGAAGAAAGUGAACAAAGGCUCCACAGCGGCCCGGACUUUCUACCUCCUCAAAGACAUCAAAUUUCUUCUUCAUGAACCCAUUGUUAGCAAGUUCCGGGAAUAUAAGGUGUUUGUCCGCAAGUUGCGCAAGGCUUAUGGCAAAAGUGAAUGGAACACUGUGGAGCGACUGAAAGACAACAAACCUGGCUACAGGCUGGACCACAUUGUCAAGGAAAGAUACCCCACUUUCAUUGAUGCCGUGCGGGACCUGGAUGAUGCCCUCUCCAUGUGCUUCCUCUUUGCAACUUUCCCGCGCACUGGCAAGUGUCAUGUUCAGACAAUCCAGCUUUGCCGCCGACUCACCGUGGAGUUCCUCAACUACGUCAUUGCCUCACGUGCUCUGCGCAAGGUUUUCCUGUCCAUCAAAGGAAUCUAUUACCAGGCUGAAGUGAUGGGGCAGCUUGUCACGUGGAUAGCACCUUAUGCCUUUGCCCACAAUCACCCAACAGAUGUGGAUUACAGGGUGAUGGCCACUUUCACUGAGUUCUAUACCACUCUCCUUGGCUUUGUCAACUUUCGCCUCUACCAGUCCCUCAACCUGCACUACCCACCAAAGAUUGAAGGCCAAGCUGCAGUUGAGCUAAAGCCAGAGGAAGGGGAGCCGUAUGCCUUGGAUUCUGAAAGCUACAUGGAGAAACUCUCAGCUCUUAGUGCCAGCCUGGCUCGAGUGGUUGCUCCAAAUCCAGAGGAUGAGGCAGAAGUGGAUGAUUUCCCUGUGGAGGGUGAAAGCACAGAGCAAGAGGAGGCUCGGCAAAAGGAGCAGGAGGCUCUGGAGAAGCAGAAGAAGCUCUUUGAGGGGUUGCGCUUCUUUCUGAACAGAGAGGUGCCCCGGGAACCAUUGGCUUUCGUUAUUAGGUGCUUUGGGGGCAAAGUGUCAUGGGACAAGUCUGUUUGCAUUGGUGCCACAUUCGAUGUGACAGAUCCAGCCAUCACUCACCAAAUAGUUGACCGGCCUAAUAUUGAAAAACAGGUCAUUGGAAGGUAUUAUGUCCAGCCGCAGUGGGUCUUCGACUCGGUCAAUGCCAGGCUGUGCCUUCCAGUGGCAGACUAUUUUGUUGGUGUGCUGCUCCCUCCGCACCUCUCGCCAUUUGUUGCUGAGAAAGAUGGGGACUACAUCCCUCCAGAGAAGAUUAAACUACUUGCUCUGCAGAGAGGCGAGGAACCAGAAGAGAGGGAGGAGGAGGAGGAGGAGGAAGAUGCAACAGAAGGCUCUGAGGUGGAGGAAGAUUCUGAUGAAGAUGAUGAGAGCCAACUGAAAAAGAUGGAAGCCCAGAGGUCUCAGGGCAAGAAUCUCCCUGUGAAAGUGACGGCCGGCAAAGUCCUGAAAGAGGACAAGCAGCGGUUGGUGCAGGAGCAGCUGAGUGAAGAGAAACGCUUGGCUAUUAUGAUGAUGAAGAAACGUGAAAAAUAUCUCUACCAGAAGAUCAUGUUUGGGAAGAAGCGAAAGAUCCGAGAGGCUAAUAAGCUGGCAGAGAAACGGAAAGCUCAUGAUGCAGUAGCAAAAUCGGAGAAAAAGAAAAACAAGAAAGCAAGAUGCGAGUAACUCAGGCCCUUCCUCUCAGCAGGUGUUCUGCAGGCCUUAAAGAGAGACGGUCCUCUCAACUUAUGGAGGGAAGCCUUGGAGUCCUUUGGUCUUCUGACUUCCUCCCUCCAACAUGUUUCUUCAAGUCAAAGCCAUGGCUCCAUGGGCUCCUUGGUAUAACAUCCACUUUAUUUAAAUUCAGUCUGAACUGUCUUCAAUAUUUGUCAGCACCCCUUUGUGGAAAGGCUGCUGUGGUACAGCAGGUUAACCAAGCAAAGCAGACUUGGUGCUCUUUGAGAAAAGUGGACUUCUUUUCAUGCCAAUAGUAAGAUGAGGCAGCUAAGAGUGGAUGAAGCAUUUCUGUCCCUGAAGGAAAGUAGAUAACCCUCAUGCACUUCUUGUGAGAAGGUUUUUUUUUUCUCCUCCUGCCUUAUGGCACAGAGAAUAACUAGGCUUAAGCUUUAAAAAAGCCACAAGAGAGAGCAUCUAUUAUUUUUGGAUGUCACUGUCUUACAGUGAAUGUGUGAAGAAUGUUGUGCCCUUUCAAAGGAAAGAGUACUUGUGUUUUGUAAAUAAAUCCACUGAAGACCAGUGCAGCGGCUCAGGUUGGAUUGUGUAGAAAAAAGAACAACUUGGGAUCAAGGCACUGUUGGAUUCCUCUGGUAGAUUCUGGGACUGCCUCCUGGAGCUCAUCCAAAGCUUAGAUGGGUAUAAUAAUCUAUUCUUCCUUUGGGUUAUUAUUGCAAAUGACAUGAUAAUUGUUUAGUCUUCUUUAUUAAACUGGACUUUUAAAACCA